CAUAUUGUUUUUGUAGCUAGACAAGCAAAGUAAAAUGGUCGCUGUAUCGUAAACAACACUAUUGCGUUGUUUAAACAUUAUUUAUUUUAAAGCCUGUUAUAUAGUUGAAACUCGUAUAAUAUGUGUUAGUUAUUGAUAUGGAAGUGUUUAUUUUUGUGUAGUUCGGUAUUUUAUUGAGCCAGGAUGGAGGGGCGGCUUGUAUUAUGUUUUAUGUUAUGUUUUUUGUUACAAUUUGUUUCUGGACGAAAUCGGCUUUGCCACAAUAACACUCACAUAACACGUAGUUGUACAACACAGAUCCUUGGUGAUGAGUAUGUAGAUGACGAUUCAUGCAAAGUAGAGUACAUUCCAUCAAACAGCUCCAAAUGUACGGACAACUUUGGUCCAAUAACAUCAAACAAUCAAAUUGGCCAAGUCAUACUGAAACCUUACAUCUUGCAUGAGAGGCGCAGGGAUGUGAAUUUCUACUCUGUCAAUUAUACUGUCUUAAAUAUAUCGUUCACUAACAUUAAAUGGAAAACCAUGAAGUUCCGAUUCCAAAAAGAUUCAGUCAAGUAUGAGGAGGGUCACUGUAGGAAUAUUGUGAUAUCAAACGAUGUGAAAAUCAAUGAUCAGUCUGUCUUAUAUUAUGACUGUUACUGGUCCAUUACGAAUGGAAACUAUAAAGGACAAAGCCACGUCUUGGAUUUCGAAGCCACAGAUGAUUAUGUCGUUAACAGAGGGAAAUUUUACUUCAACAUACCCACCGCUGCAAUGUUAGAUCCAGAUAUCACAGAGAAAGAUUGGAAACCAUUUGUAUACAUUGAAAAUUUAAGUGACUCUAUGAAGCUCCAUAUAAUGCCGCCUCCCAAUAAGCUCAAGAUAACCGCCUACCAGAUAGAAGUUAUAAAGAAAUGUGACAAAGGCACGCAGUGUGAUGAAAUAGUCAAGAAUGCUUUGAUUAAAGCUAAAAAUAACACGCAAGAGGUUACAUAUGACUAUAGCUUGUUGGUCAGCACGGGAUUAUACUAUUUUGUGGUGACACCCAUACAUGAGAAGUGUAAGAUUGGUGUAAUGGAAUGUCAGUCAGUUGAGAGUCCGAGGAUUUUUAUUGAUAGUGAAGAACAUAAAACUCUCAACAUUUGUAUAGCGAGUAUAGCAUCCCUUAUAGUCGGUACACUGUUCAUAUACUUCUUUAUAUUGCUCUGCAUUCGAAGAUACUGGUGUAAGGAAUAUGCUCAAGAAAUCCCUCCGCCUACUAAGGUGCUCGUGAUAUAUUCGCCGACUAACCGCCUGCACGCGGAUUGCGUCGCGUCAUUCGUGGCCUACCUUCGUUCCGAGUACGGGUUCGAUGUCAUGUACGACGGAGACAUAUCGAACACUUCACACGGCGACCCGUUCGUGUGGGCGGAAGAGGCUUUCAGGGUUUCCUCGCACGUCAUCUACGUGGUCGGACCGGCCGAGAACACUAAUCUAUACAACAACAUAUACGACAAGCCGAUCAUAGUACACAAGGACGUGGACGUUCUGCUGUUAUCAUUACUGAGGACGACCAGAACAUCGAAGAGUCCUAAGCAGAUCAUGAACGUAUUCUUCGAGCACUCCAACGGCACGGUACCCAUCGAAACGAGGCACGACAAGAAAUUCAUAUUGUUGAACGACUGGCAGAAGCUGAUCGCGUAUCUAUCUAAGAACGUGCUGCCCAAGAAGCAGAUAAUGCGCUCGGAGAAGGGCAAGGAUUUCCUGGAUGACCUGUCACGAGCCAGGAAACUGCUGAACAACCGCAACGAUGACGUCAUCGUGCGCUGCGACAAAAAUAACACAGAAAAGAAGGUCCUCCUAUAGCUACGAGAAGUGCAAGUUGGAAUUUAAUAUACGGAUCUAUGUAUGGGUCUAUGGGAUCAUGCUCCUGACUGACUAUGAUAUUGGAGUGUUACAUGCGGAGCUAGUAUCAGACUUGGUAUAGAUCUCGCUGUAACACGUUGUAUGGAAAUGGUUUACGAAUGAAGUUAAUUUAAACGUAUGUUAUAAUUUUGUAGUAGAAUUUCAUAUUUCUAUGAUUAAUUAAUUUAAAAUUUACGUAUUCCUAGCGUGUAGUUACUGUUUCAAUUGAUUUGUUUGUUGCAUUCCGUAAAUGCAUAGAACGUUAAUACUAACAGUGAUAUGUUAUAAAGGACAUUGGUUUGAUAAGAAUUGUAGAAACAUUACCAAAUGUCCGUUGAAUCAUUAAGAAAGCUUCACUAUGAUACUGUUUCCAAUAUAUAUAUAUAUAUGUAUAUAUCAAUGUGACUGUAUUUUUAUAUAUAACAUAUCACUAUAGCAUGUGUUUGGCAACACUUUGUAAAGUUAUAGCGUACUAAUGUGUUUAAAGUACCCGGAGAUCAUGUCUGUUGAUGUUUAAUAUAUUUUGGUAUUAUAUAAUCGUUGUUAAAUGUUUCUUAGGUAACUGUUAUAUGCCGCGCCGCUGUGUCGUGUAUAUGAAACUGAAUGUGUUACGAGUCGAGGUACUCUUUGAAACUGUUUGUCCCGGCGUGGCGUACUAUACAUUUAUUAUUGUAUACUUCUAGAUUAAUGUCGGUAUUAAGGGAUAUAUUUUUUUCAAAUAACACAAUUUUUCCUAUUCAUAUGCUUGCAGGUCCGAGAUUUUUAAAUAGCGCUGCAGCUUUGGUGAAGCCUGAAAUUAACUUGUAGCUUUAUAAACACAAGUUUUGUAUUUUCCCACUGACGCCGUUUCAUAGUCCACUCUAUACCUACUACACAAGGCGUCACUUAAUAUCCUAUAUAUUGUCUCUCCUUAUAAUAUUUGAUGAAAAGCCAUAAUUUUAGAGUAAAGACUGGAUCUUCUCCAUAUUGGUGUAGCUUCUCUUUGAAAGUAUAUGUGUUUUAAUGUCUAGAUUAAUUUCUUGUAACUCAGUGUAACAAAUCUAGUGCCAUAAGGCGUUUGUAUGUAUUUAUAAAUGUUAACGCCGCUCCAUUUGACGUUUUAAUAUGUUAAGACAUAUGAUUGUAUCGUUUCACCUUUCCGUAUCACGUAUGUGCAUACUACAAACGGAGCGGCCGCCGUCUGUUAUACUUACCUAUAUAUAGUUGAUCUCAAUUCCAAACUGUUGGAGUGAAUGUGUUCUAUUAUACAGGACUUUUAAGCUCAAUAUACUUUGUGAUGUAUUUUUGUAAAUAAACUCUUUAAAAUA